UCCGACCCGCGGCCGGCAGGGGGCUCGCGGCCUCCGCCAGGCGUCCUUUGGCUCCGUCAAUUCCCACAGGGCUUUGUGCGACAUGGGCUGCGCCGAGGGCAAGGCGGCGGCGGCGGUGGCCGCCCCAACGGAGCUGCAGACCAAAGGCAAGAACGGCGGUGGCCGCCGUAGGUCAGCUAAAGAUGAUCACCCUGGUAAAACUUUGCCAGAGAACCCAGCAGGAUUCACCAGCACGGCCACUGCAGACUCCAGAGCCCUGCUUCAGGCCUAUAUAGACGGUCACUCUGUGGUCAUCUUCAGUAGGUCCACAUGCACACGCUGUACGGAGGUAAAGAAGUUAUUUAAAUCUCUGUGUGCUCCUUAUUUUGUCCUUGAACUUGAUCAAACAGAGGACGGUCGGGCUCUGGAAGGAACGCUCUCGGAAUUGGCCGCGGAAACCGAUCUGCCCGUUGUGUUUGUGAAACAGAGAAAGAUAGGCGGCCAUGGUCCAACCUUGAAGGCUUAUCAGGAGGGCAGACUUCAAAAGCUACUAAAAAUGGACGGCCCUGAAGAUCUUCCCGAGUCCUAUGACUAUGACCUUAUCAUCAUUGGAGGUGGCUCAGGAGGCCUGGCAGCUGCUAAGGAGGCAGCCCGAUAUGGCAAGAAGGUGAUGGUCCUGGACUUUGUCACUCCCACCCCUCUUGGAACUAGAUGGGGUCUUGGAGGAACAUGUGUGAAUGUGGGUUGCAUACCUAAAAAACUGAUGCAUCAAGCAGCUUUGUUAGGACAAGCCCUGCAAGACUCUCGAAACUAUGGAUGGAAAGUCGAGGAGACAGUUAAGCAUGAUUGGGACAGAAUGAUAGAAGCUGUACAGAAUCACAUUGGCUCUUUGAAUUGGGGCUACCGAGUAGCUCUGCGGGAGAAAAAAGUCGUCUAUGAGAAUGCUUACGGGCAAUUUAUUGGUCCUCAUAGGAUUAAGGCAACUAAUAAUAAAGGCAAAGAAAAAAUUUAUUCAGCAGAGAGAUUUCUCAUUGCCACUGGUGAAAGACCACGUUACUUGGGCAUCCCUGGUGACAAAGAAUACUGCGUCAGCAGUGAUGAUCUUUUCUCCUUGCCUUACUGCCCGGGUAAGACUCUGGUUGUUGGAGCAUCCUAUGUCGCCUUGGAGUGUGCUGGAUUUCUUGCUGGUAUUGGUUUAGACGUCACUGUUAUGGUUAGGUCCAUUCUUCUUAGAGGAUUUGACCAGGACAUGGCCAACAAAAUUGGUGAACACAUGGAAGAACAUGGCAUCAAGUUUAUAAGACAGUUUGUACCAAUUAAAGUUGAACAAAUUGAAGCGGGGACACCAGGCCGACUCAGAGUAGUAGCUCAGUCCACCAAUAGUGAGGAAAUCAUUGAAGGAGAAUAUAAUACGGUGUUGCUGGCAAUAGGAAGAGAUGCUUGCACAAGAAAAAUUGGCUUAGAAACCGUAGGGGUGAAGAUAAAUGAAAAGACUGGAAAAAUACCUGUCACAGAUGAAGAACAGACCAAUGUGCCUUACAUUUAUGCCAUUGGCGAUAUACUGGAGGAUAAGGUAGAGCUCACCCCAGUUGCAAUCCAGGCAGGAAGAUUGCUGGCUCAGAGGCUCUAUGCAGGUUCCACUGUCAAGUGUGACUAUGAAAAUGUUCCAACCACUGUAUUUACUCCUUUGGAAUAUGGUGCUUGUGGCCUUUCUGAGGAGAAAGCUGUGGAGAAGUUUGGGGAAGAAAAUAUUGAGGUUUACCAUAGUUACUUUUGGCCAUUGGAAUGGACGAUUCCUUCAAGAGAUAACAACAAAUGUUACGCAAAAAUAAUCUGUAAUACUAAAGACAAUGAACGUGUUGUGGGCUUUCACAUACUGGGUCCAAAUGCUGGAGAAGUUACACAAGGCUUCGCAGCUGCACUCAAAUGUGGACUGACCAAAAACCAGCUGGACAGCACAAUUGGAAUCCACCCUGUCUGUGCAGAGGUAUUCACAACAUUGUCUGUGACCAAGCGCUCUGGGGCAAGCAUCCUUCAGGCUGGCUGCUGAGGUUAAGCCCCAGUGUGGAUGCUGUUGCCAAGACUCCAAACCAUGCCCAAAUCCCCAAGGCGAAGUUUUCUAGAGGGUUCUUGGGCUCUGGGCACCUGCAUGUCCUGUGCUUACCAUUGCCCAACGCCCCCUUGGAUCUCUUGGAUAGGAGUUGGUGAAUAGAAGGCAGGCAGCAUCACACUGGGGUCACUGACAGACUUGAAGCUGACAUUUGGCAGGGCAUCAAUGGGAUGCAUCCAUGAAGUCACCAGUCUCAAGCCCAUGUGGUAGGCGGUGAUGGAACAACUGUCAAAUUAGUUUUACCGUGACCUUUCCUUGUGGAUUUUCUUAUUCUCGUUGUCAAGUUUUCUAAGUUUUUUCUUUUUUCUCCAUGGUGUUAAUGAUAUUAGAGAUGAAAAACGGGCCGGGCUCGGUGGCUCACGCUUGUAAUCCCAGCACUUUGGGAGGCCGAGGUGGGCGGAUCACAAGGUCAGGAGAUCGAGACCAAGGUGAAACCCCGUCUCUACUAAAAAAUACAAAAAAUUAGCCGGGCGUGGUGGCGGGCGCCUAUAGUCCCAGCUACAGGAGGCUGAGGCAGGAGAAUGGCGUGAACCCAGGAGGCGGAGCUUGCAGUGAGCCGAGAUCGCACCACUGCACUCCAGCCUGGGCAACAGAGCAAGACCCCGUCUCAAAAAAAAAAAAAAAAAAAAAAAAGAAGAAAGAAAGAAAAACGUUAGCAGUUGAUUUUUGUCCAAAAGCAGGUCAUGGCUAGAGUAUCCAUACAAGGUGUCUUGUUGCAUGGAAGGGAUAGUUUGGCUCCCUUGGAGGCUAUGUAGGCUUGUCCCAGCAAAGAGAACUGUCCUGCAGCUGAAAUGGACUGUUCUUUACUGACCUGCUCAGCAGUUUCUUCUCUCAUAUAUUCCCAAAACAAGUACAUCUGCGAUCAACUGUAGCCAAAUUUGCCCCUGUGUGCUAUAGCACGGAUGAUUGUUAUUUUAAGGUCUGUUUAGGAAGGGAAAUGGCUACUUGGCCAGCCAUUGCCUGGCAUUUGGUAGUAUCCUAUGAUUCUCACCAUUAUUUGUCAUGGAGGCAGACAUACACCAGAAAUGGGGGAAAAGCAGUACAUAUCUUUCUGUCUUUAGUUUAUUGUGUGCUGGUCUAAGCAAGCUGAGAUUAUUUGCAAUGGAAAACACAUAACUUGUUUAAAAGUUUUUCUGGUAGCUUUAGCUUUAUGCUAAAAACACAAAAUAUAAUGGCAUUAGGUAUCUAUUCCUUUCUAAGACUGCAUCAGUAGGAAAAUAAGUCUUUUCAUGCUUAUGAUUUAGCUGUUUUGUGGUAAUUGCUUUUUAAAGGAAGUUAUUAAUGUCAUAAGUUAUUAUUAUUAUUUUGAACACAGGUGGAUAUGAAGGAUUUUCAUUUAAAAACCAAGUGGUUUUGACUUUUUCUGUUGAAUGAACACCUGUGCCUUGUGGAAUUUUUGCAGAAGUGUUUAUGCUUUGUUAGCAUUUCAACUUGCAUUAUUAUAAAGAGGUAUUAAUGCCUCAGUUAUGUGUUUGUCAAUGUACUGGCUGAGGAUUCUAUCUCAGCUGUCUUUUCUAACUGUGUAAGUUGAGUUUUGAACACGUGCUUGUGGAUGUCAGGCCUCCUGCCAGCAGUUCUUGAAGUUCCUUUUUCAUUCCUGCUCCUCUACCUGUAUUUCUCAGUUACAGCACUGAGUGGUCAAAGUACAUUUCUGGGCCACCUCAGGGAACCCAUGCAUCUGCCUGGCAUUUAGGCAGCAGAGCCCCUGACCGUCCCCCACAGGGCUCUGCCUCACGUCCUCAUCUCAUCUGGCUGUAUAAAGAAAUGGGAAGAGGAGAGGGCAAUUGAGGCAGUUGACCAUAUUCAGUUUUAUUUAUUUAUCUUUAAUUUGUUUUUUUUCUCCAAGUCCACCAGUCUCUGAAAUUAGAACAGUAGGUAGUAUGAGAUAAUCAGGCCUAAUCAUGUUGUGAUUCUCUUUUCUUAGUGGAGUGGAAUGUUCUAUCCCCACAAGAAGGAUUAUAUCUUAUAGACUUGUCUUGUUCAGAUUCUGUAUUUACCCAUUUUAUUGAAACAUAUACUAAGUUCCAUGUAUUUUUGUUACAAAUCUUCUGAAAAAAACGAAACAAUGAAACAUUAAAAAGCAUUAAUAAUA